AUGAAAAAGGGCCACGAGACUUUCUGCCAAAAUUUCGAUUCCAGCAGGAAUCUAAGAGCCCUUCAUUCGCUUAUCAUUUCCAACAACGCUCUCACUGGUCACAUCCCCUCAUCUUUAGGGAACUUGACUGCUCUUGAAUCGUUGGAUCUCUCCCAAAACCAGUUCUCAGGAAGGAUCCCCGGUGGUUUGGCACAACUCAAUUUCCUUGCAUAUUUCAAUGUCUCCCAUAACCGUCUUUGGGGGCCUAUACCACUCGGCCAACAAUUUAGUACAUUCCUAGAAGAUUACUAUGUUGGAAACUCAGGUUUGUGUGGAAAGCCUUUGUCAAAGAAAAGUGAGAGCUCAAGACCACCACCGCCAUCAAUCUUUGAAGAAGAUGAAGACUCUGGGUUUCAAAUUGAACUAGACUGGGACGUUGUUCUGCCAGGAAUUAUUAGUGGUUUAAUAAUUGGAGUGAUUUCUGGGGACAUUUGGACAAACAAGAGGCAUGAAUGGUUUGUGGAGGCAGCCAAGAGGAUCAACAGGAGGAGGGGACGUAUUUGA